ACGAGGGGACUCCGGGCUCCUCCUCCUCCUGCGAGGAGCCAAGGAAGGAGCCCCGAAGCCCGGCCGGGACACUCCUCUCCAGCCUGCCUGCCUUCCUUCUCGAUCCCCUGCUGCCCAGCCAUGCUUCCUGGGCUGCUCGGCGCCUCCUGUCCGCUGCUGCUGCUGCUGCUGCUGCUCUUCUCCUCCCUGGGAGCCCUCCGGGGCUUCAACCUGGAGGCCCAGGCGCCCAGCCUCCUCCGCGGACCCCCGGGCAGCCUCUUCGGCUUCGCCGUGGACUUCUACCUCCCCCAGGAGCAGAGCGUCAGUGUUCUCGUUGGAGCACCCAAAGACAGAACAAACCAGCCACACAUUACAGAGGGAGGUGCUGUCUAUUACUGCCCUUGGCAUCUUGGCAACAACAGCUGUACGCCGAUUGAAUUUGACAGUAGCAACGGAUCCCGUCUGGAAGAGAUCAAUGGAACACUGGAGCAAAUGGAGUUUAAAUCCCUGCAGUGGUUUGGAGCAACAGUGCGAUCCCAUGGCAGUUCCAUUCUGGCCUGUGCCCCCCUCUACAGUUGGCGAACAAAUAAGGAUGAGCCUGAGCGCGAAGUUGUGGGCACCUGCUACCUGUCAGUCAACAACUUUACCAAAUUUGUGGAAUAUGCACCUUGCCGCUCAGACCUGAACUCUGCCCGUGGACAAGGCUACUGUCAAGGUGGAUUUAGUGCUGAAUUCACAAAGACUGGACGUGUUCUACUUGGUGGCCCUGGAAGCUAUUUCUGGCAAGGCCAGGUGCUGUCGGCAACCCAAGAUGCCAUUGAAGAAGUCUACGAUCCUGAAUAUUUAGUCCUGGUGGUUAAAGGACAACUUGAGACCCGACAGACUCACCUCAAUGCUGAUGACAGCUACCUUGGUUACUCUGUGGCUGUAGGUGAAUUCAGCGGUGAUUCCACUGAAGAUUUUGUAGCUGGUGUUCCCAAAGGAAAUCUGACCUACGGAUAUGUCACAAUUCUAAAUGGGAGUGAUAUUCGGCCGUUGUUCAACUUUUCUGGAGAACAGAUGGCUGCUUAUUUUGGAUAUGCUGUGGCUGCCACUGACAUCAACAAUGAUGGCUUAGAUGACUUACUGAUUGGUGCCCCCUUGUUUAUGGAGAAAACGGAAGAUGGCCGUGUGCAGGAGGUGGGCCGAGUCUACAUUUACCUGCAAAAGCUAUAUGGCAUGGAGUCUCAUGCAUCAGCCGCACUUACUGGUCACCAAGAGUUUGGCCGCUUUGGCAGUGCUAUUGCCCCUCUAGGGGAUCUCAACCAGGAUGGCUACAAUGAUGUAGCAGUUGCAGCAACAUUUGGUGGCAAGGCCCAACAAGGGGUGGUCUAUGUGUAUAAUGGCCAGCAUGAUGGGCUGAACCCUAAGCCUUCACAGGUAUUGCAGGGCCACUGGCCUCCUGGCCAGACUCCUGACUUCUUUGGGUUUGCCCUGCGUGGAGCCAAAGACCUGGAUAAAAAUGGCUACCCAGAUCUGAUUGUAGGUGCCUUUGGAGUAGACACAGCCAUAGUUUACAGGGGUCGUCCCAUUGUUCAUGCCAGCGCUACCCUCAGCAUCUUCCCUAACAUGUUUAACCCUGAAGAGCGAGCUUGCAUCCUGGAGGGCACAGGAACACCGGUUGCUUGCAUCAACCUGAGCUUCUGUUUGAAUGCAUCUGGGAAGCAUGUGCCUGAUACUAUUGGAUUCACUGUGGAGUUGCACCUUGACCGCCUCAAGCACAAAGGGGCAGUGAAGCGGGCGCUCUUCCUCCACACCCAGCAGGCCCACCUGAUCCAGACUCUCCAGCUCCGUAAUGGUGCCAGCUCUGAGUGUCGUGACAUGAAGAUCUACCUCAGGGGCGAGUCUGAAUUCCGGGAUAAGCUGUCCCCUAUAUACUUGUCUCUCAACUUCUCUCUGGAUCCAGAAGCUCCACCAGAUGCACAUGGUCUGCAACCCAUUCUCAACUACCUCACUCACAACCACAUUGAACAGAAGGCUCAGAUUCAGCUUGACUGUGGUGAAGACAAUGUCUGCGUCCCUGAUCUCCAGCUUGACGUCUUUGGAGAUCAUUCCGUUGUCUAUCUGGGAGACAAGAACGCACUGAACCUCUCAUUCCAUGCUCAGAACCGUGGAGAAGGUGGAGCCUAUGAGGCUGAGCUACAUGUUAUCAUCCCACCAGAAGCAGACUACACAGGGGUUCUGCGGAACCAUGGGAACCUUUCCAGCCAGAGCUGCAACUAUGACACAGUGAAUGACACCAAGAUGGUCAUCUGUGACCUUGGCAAUCCAAUGAAAGCAGGCAUCAAUCUUUGGGGUGGGCUCCGCUUUACUGUGCCUCAUCUCAUUGAUGCUAAGAAAUCCAUCCAGUUUGACUUUCAGAUUCACAGCAAGAACGCAAACAAUUCCCACAGUGAGGUGGUGUCAUUUCCCUUGCGUGUUGAAGCUGCUCUCCGUAUCUCAGCUCAUGGAGCAUCUAUGCCUGACGCCGUGUCCCUUCCCGGCUCUGGCUGGGUCCCAGGUCGAUCAAUGCACCGAGAACAAGAUGUGGGCCCCGGUGUGUGCCAUGUCUAUGAGUUUGUAAAUGACGGACCAAGUGCCAUCAGUGAGGGAAUCUUGGACAUCAGCUGUCCGCUCCAAAUGCAAGGGCGACCUGUGAUGUACGUCACACGCUACAUGGUGCAGGCAAAUUGUACCUCCAGCCAUCCUAUCAACCCAUCACGCUUGCAGAAGCUGAUGUUACUAAAAAGGGAGGCCAGAUGGGCCAGCCAAGAGAGGCAUAUGCUGUCACUAUGCAGAGUACAAGUGCAAAACAGAUUCAGUCAAAUGCUUCAGUUUGCAGAUUGCAGUUGGACCCACCUCCAACAUCUUUUCCUUGGCAAGAACAGCACUAUGUCCAAAAGCAAGAUGGAGGAUGGAUUAGUGGAUCUGGAGGGCAUGGCUUCAGUCUGGAAUGUAAAGAGGGGGAAUGUUUCCAGGUACGCUGCCACACAGGGGCACUACAACGGCAGGAAAGCAUCAGUUUGCGCCUCUACUUUCGUGUCUGGUCCAAGAGCUUCCAGCAGAAAGAGAAUCAUCCUCACAUCAUCCAGUGUGAAGCGGUCUAUCGUGUACAGAAAGUACCUUACCACAUCCAACCUGAGGAGCAGCCCUCUGUCAGCCUGAAGGUGUCAACGUCACUGCACGGCCAAGGGAGGACCAGCAGGGGUUCCUCUCGGAUCAUC